AAUGGCAAGCAUCGAAGCUGAAGGUCCUGAUGUUUCAGGCGAGAUUCCUCAAGUGCCGAUCAACUUUGUCCCUGCAACAGAGGGCGAGACGUUUGCGCUGGGACAAUUGACCAUCAGAAUCAUGGAAGAUGGUUCAAGGACAGACAACAGAAUCGGUACCGUCGAGUUGACUGUUCCUGCCAACACUUCUGGCCCUCCUCCCCAUUGGCAUGAGAUGCAUGAUGAGACUUUCCUGGGUAUCGUUGCAGCACGUCCGAGAUCCAACAUUCCAGACACUAACAGCCUCAANGUGACCGAGGGAACCAUCAGAUUCACCUGGUACACGACUACGGCAUCAGAACCGACCAAGACGGUGGACGCGCACGCUGGCGAUUACGUUGUCGUACCCAUCAGAGCCCCUCAUACCUUCUCCAACCCGACAAACAAGCAGGCCAAGUUCAUCAACACCUUUACUCCGGCGUUCUAUGUCAACUACUUCAAGCUUUUGGCGAAGUACAUUGGGGAUGGAAAGACCAUGACUCCAGAGGCGAACAAGAAGGCCAUGGCAAGCUAUGCGACUAUUCCAUUGCCAAAG